AUGAGCGACGGCGCCGAUUCCGACCGCGACCUCCCGCGCGCCGACGGCGACGACGAGCCGCGCCACCCCGACCCGCGGGCCGCGAAGGAGGAGGAGCCGCCCGUGGCCGACGAGUUCCAGGACGCGCCCCCGUCCCCCGAAACGAACAGCGACGGCGACGGCGAGCGCUCCCCGGAUCGGGCGGGGCUGCCCAAUGCGGGGGACCGCGGGGAGACCGCGCCGCCCGACGCCGGGGAGGAGGCCGUGGGCGUGAGGGUGGAGACCAACGGCGAGGACGCCAUGAGCCACGACGGCGAUGAGGGGGACGGCGAGGACGAGGACGACGACGAAGAUGAUGACGACGAGGAGGAUGACGAGGACGAGGACGACGACUCCACCCCUGAUGCGUCGCCGAGGGCGGAGGUGAAGGCGGAGGGCGACGGGUCGGCCGGGUUGGCGCAGUGCGCCAGCCAGCAGCCGGUGGAGCCCGACCCUUUUCUCGAGGGUCACGACUCCGGGACGGAGGAGGAGCAGGCGGCGUUCAUGUCUGAGCUGGAGCGCUUCCACAGGGAGCACAGCCUCGAGUUCAAGCCGCCCAAGUUUUACGGCAAGGGCCUCAACUGCCUCAAGUUGUGGAGGCAGGUCGCUCACCUGGGAGGCCAUGAGCAGGUAACAGUUUGUAAACUAUGGCGUCAAGUUGGAGAGACUUUCAGGCCACCAAAGACUUGCACUACGGUGUCUUGGUCAUUUCGGAUUUUCUACGAGAAGGCACUUCUUGAAUAUGAAAAACACAAAGUACGAACUGGCCAGCUUAAAAUAUCAAUACCUGCUAUACCACAACCUGGUGGUACAAACCGUGAGGGUGUAAAUGCAUCAUCUUCUGCAAGAAUUAGAAGGGAUGCUGCAGCACGUGCUAUGCAGGGUUGGCAUGCGCACCGUCUCCUUGCCAAUGACAUGUAUGGAGAUCACAUUUUUAAGGACAAAGACUCAAUACCCCUUUCAAGUCGUGAUAAGAAUCUGAAAGGCUUUGGGGUACUCAAGAGGAAGAAAGCAUCUAGUCCAGAGCGUGCUUUCAAGGUCUCCCGUACAAAAGUGAACAAGUCACAGGAAGAUUCUAUGGUCAUUGAUGUUGGAGAACCUGCCGAUUGGGUGAAGAUUAAUGUUCGUCAAACUAAAGAAUGCUUUGAGAUAUAUGCGCUAGUUCCUGGGCUUCUAAGGGAAGAGGUGCAUGUUCAGUCUGAUCCUGCUGGACGUCUGGUUAUAACUGGGGACCCUGACCAGCCUGAUAACCCUUGGGGCAUCACUGCAUUCAAGAAGGUGAUCAACUUGCCGUUAAGGAUUGAUCCGCAUCAAACAUCAGCAGUUGUCACGCUUCAUGGCCAGCUAUUUGUGCGUGCGCCAUUUGGGCAUCCGGACAUGUAG